AUGAUGAAACGGACGGCAUUUCGUCUCGUCAUCUGGCUCAUUUUGAACAUUACCAGUACGAACAGUUUCAAUAAAGAAAGGUAUUUUCGACUUUUGAAGGAUUCCCUUUUUACCGAACCCAGUUUACAGUAUAAAAGAAUGUGCUCAAGUGCUCAGCGAGCACGUCAAGGAGACGUUCAACAAGAUUUCGCACGAGACGAUACUGAGGCAGAAUUUCGAGAAACUCGUGGAAGAGGAGCAAUUCGAUCCGAGGGCCGAGCUCAAACGGAGCAAGCACCGCAUCGAGGACUACUUGAAAGUCAGAUCCAGCUUUGCCUAUGUGAGUUUUAUAUUGAAAGUUUGAAGAAAUCUUGAAAUCUCCUGAGACGUUCUAUACGGUCGAUUCAAAACGAUAUAUCUCAGCUGUUGAUAGAGAUAUCAAAAAGUUGCCAAGUGAUAAAAUGUACACUUAUUCUUGAUAAAAAUGUUAGUAGUUGACCACUUUUUGCCAUCUCUUUAGGCAGCUGAGAUAAAUUGUCAUGAGGUGUUCACUGUCGACUGUGAGAGAGAAACAAUCAAGCACAUUUCAGAAAGCGAAAAUAUCAUUGGAAGCCCGAUCGGUGCGAAAUGACACGGCAGUGAAUGAUCCUCAAUCCAAGUCGUUCAUCAGGUUCAUGUCGGCCAAACAAGGUGGGACCUCACUCUAAAUCGUCAAAACUUGAAGAACUUCCAGGAAAUGACGGCACGACAAUCUACGAAUCGAAUCAUUUGGGCCGCAAGUUGAAAGUCAACGAGACGAAAUCAUUCAAUUUGACCCAGAAUGCAAACUUCUACACGCUCUCCACGUCUUCUGCCUCUUCGGCGGUUCACAUUCCGACGCCGCUCUAUGAUCGAAGUGAGUUCGACGCCACCGCACCCUUAAAUUGAUUGUCUUCAGACGAAGAGCUCCUCCGCAAGAUCGACUGGUCCGACAUCGACGCCGUCUACCGCACGAAUCGAGAAGAGACAAAGGACCUCGCGUUCCAGCUGUUCUGCUCGGAAGCCGGCUACAUGCGCUACUACCCGGCCGCCUCGUGGUUCUGGGACAAUCAGGACGAGCAUUUGGACCUUUUCGACUGCCGAAACACCGAAUGGUACAUCAACUCGGCGACCAACUCGAAGAACGUGCUGAUUAUGCUGGACAUGUCGGGUUUGUGCGCUUAUUAUUAGGUUAGGAGAGGAGAAGGAAUCGGGUUGCAGGCUCGAUGUUGGGACAGCGAUACGAAGUGGCGAAGCAGACGACGGAGGCGAUUCUAGAGACACUCUCGCACAAUGACUACUUCAAUAUUAUGACUGUAACUCUCCCACUGCAAGUUUAGACCCUGGAGAUCUCUGUUUCAGUUCUCGAAGAACACGUUCUUGCUGGACGGCUGCAACGGAACCAACGGGCUUCUUCAGGCGACAAUGCGAAACAAAAAAGCUCUUCGGCGUAAGAUGGAUACAUAUAUGAGCGAAGGAAAAGCCGAAUACGAGAAGGCGCUUCCGUUGGCGUUCAGUGUUUUGCUCGACGUGAGUCCGCGCCUUUCCUCGGCCCUCUUUCCGAAUUCAGAACCAUGAGAGUCUGUGUGUCUGCGGGCCUCCUUCCCUUCUUCUCUCUCUCUCUCUCUCUUUUCGAGCGGUUAAUUGGCUUUCCACGACGGGCUGUGCUUACUAAUUUGACGCUUUAAUUGUUGGCAGAAAAGAGGGCGCAAAUGGCUUUUUGUUCUUGUUUGUUCAGGAGAAAAUGAGAAUGAAAAUGAGGAGGGAAUGUGUUCAGGGACUGGAGAAGUGACACCUCGAUACAGUCAAUUAUAUCUCGGCUGCCUGAAGAGAUAUCAAAAAGUGGUAAACUAAGGAAUUAUUGAUUAGGAAAUUUUGUACAUUUUGUUAGUUGAACAAUCUUUUAUAUCUCUACAGACAGCAAAGAUACAUAGAUUUGAAUAAACGGUAUUUCGGCGGACUUUUAUUACAGCGGGUUACGGUAGUUGAAUAGCCCGGGAAACCUGUGUUGCUUUAAAUGUUGCUUUCUGGCUUGUUGCUAAUAACUUCUGGGAACCGUUAUGAUUACGGUAGGUACCGUAUCCCUCAUUUCUCCGGCGGAGCCCUCCGAAGGUAAGCUCUCCGCCUCCCCCGCCCCUCCGCAGUCUUUCUGUUUCGCUUCUCUCACCGCUUUCGCACGGCUGUCUCUGUUUCUGUUCAGUUAAAAGGCUCGUACGCGCUUCACACCAAAGAGGAAAUGUCGAUGAUGUCGGCGAACGCGACGGCGGAGCAUCCGUUCCUCGUCGAGCUGCCCGAGCACGUGCUCACCGCCUCCAAACAGUACAUCGAUUCUGUAAGCUUCGCAUGAACCCCUCGUGCGUGCCGUCCGCCCUAUUGUUCGCAAUGUUGUCGUCGUGGUUUGAAGAGCAUGUGUUCAGAAUUCCCCUUUUCGGAAAUGUCGCUUCGCGAUCACCCCGCUGACCCUCUUUUUUGUAGAUCAACAACGGCGGAGGCGACAAUAACCGUGGCGCGUGCGAGAAUGUGAUCAUGCUCAUCACGGACGGAGCUCCGAACGCCUACAAGAAGAUCUUUGACAUGUACAAUGCUGACAAGAAGGUAAGACCUCCAGUACAGUACGCCCUCAAAACUACAGUAUUCCAGGUCCGUGUCUUCACAUUUCUGGUCGGAGACGAGGCGAUCGACUUCAAUGAAGUCCGAGAUAUGGCGUGCAGCAACCGGGGAUACAUGGUGCACGUGGCCAACAUGGCCGACGUCGACGAGAAGAUUCAUCAUUACAUCCGGAGAAUGUCUCGAGUCGUCGGAAGGCAUUACAAGGAAUCCGGGCAGUUGUCCUGGUGGACCGGAGUGUACAGAGAGCGUCUGGUGAGUACGGAGAUGAAAAUACUCUUCACUCCCCGCAUUUCAGUACUUGCCGCGGCCUGAAAUCUUCGCGGAGCCAACGCCGAUCACGAACAAAUCCUACGCGGUCAUGAACAAAAUGGCCUCCCGCCGCAAGAUUCGUCUCCAGAAGACUGAAGCGAGAAGCCGAAUGUUUGUGACGACCGUCUCGUAUCCGGUAAUUGUCAAUGAAACGUUCAUGGGCGUCGCCGCUGUCAACAUUCCACUCACUGAAGUUUCGCAGAAAAGUCAUCCAGCAAAUGUAAAUCCGAUUUCCCUCUUUUACAUUGGUUUCCAUGCAUUCGUCGUUUCAGAUCGGCGCCAAGAGCUACUUUUUCAUGCUGGAUCAGAACGGAUUCGUAAUGUCGCAUCCGCAGCUCCGACCCAUCGACCCGGUCACGAAAUAUCACAAACAAAACUACAACAACAUGGAUCUUCUAGAGCUGGAAGUGGAGCAGCACUCGAGCAUUCGGAACAGUCAAAAGUCGCAGGCGGUCUCGGAUUUCGUCUGCGAAGCGGGCAACUACGCGGAAUGCAUUGAGGAUCUGAGGAAGGCGGUCCGGAAAAUGAUCAUUGAAUGCGACAAUAGCGACGUGCAACAACUGGACGUGCUCUACGCGACCGAACUGUUGGACAGAGUCUAUCCGCAGACGAACACCUACUACUCGGAGUGCAUCAAUCAUGCCAACUUUGUGUACGUCUUUGUCGACAGCAAUGUGUACGGCGGUGCAUUUUCAGGUUGGGAUUGGCUGUGGCCAAAGGCGACGACUAUCGAAUCGUGAAGAAGCAGAAAAAGUACGAUUUCGGUAGGGUCAAGAUGGAUUGGAUGGGCGACAAGAGAUGGCGGCUGCAUCCCCAUUGGUCGGUGCCCGUAAUUUCAGAAGGUUCGAGCCAAAAUGCACUGUUCCAGGCGUUACUGCUUCCUGAACGACACGGACACGCACAUGUCGAAGGAAGAAGCGUUCGAGAUUUAUGCGCAGCAAAUGUCAGACUCUGGAAAGGCUCCUCUUCUUUGCGAAUACCGUCGGAACCUGGUCGAGAAGCUUCUUUUGGACAUGGAAGCGACGAGUAAUCUCAUCGACAGCUGGGACACUUUGUACUCGUUUAUGAAGAAGUGAGAAGGGAGUACUGUACAAUUGAGACUAGCAAUGUUUCAGUAAUUUGAUCCAUUUGGCGUUCUUCUCGACGCCUGCCGGAAUGAUCCGAUAUUACAAUCUGACGCUGCAAGACUACGAUUACGAGGAUCCGUACUGGAGUUUGUUCGAUCACAUUGGACUCUUGCUCUCAAUUGAGCACGCUCAGGUACAAGGGAAUCGGUUUCUUCAUUUGCCUACCGUACCUCUUCCAGGAAUCCUACAACCACUUCAUCACUGAUCUCAACCGAAAGUCGACGGACGACCGAUACUACAGACGGGCGGUCCGAAUGAAAGACACGAUCAUGUUCGACGUGUCGAACAACUCGAAAAUCUGGUACAAAUCGGAAACGCAGCUGACCGGAUACGGUCUCAACGAGAAUCUGACGAUGCUCGGACAGGCGUUCAAGGCGGUCUACAUGGACAAAGCGGUGCUCGGCGUGUCCGGCUACGAGUUCGUCUACGAUCACAUUGUCGACACGAUGGCCGAGCACGGAUGUCCGGCGUCCGACGAACGGAAGUGGUGUCUGCUGCUCGACGAGCACGGCUACGUCUUCUUCAGCAACGACAAACGCAUCUCGUACGAGGACUAUUUGCGGGGCGAGGGACGGCACAUCAGCCAGUUCUUCGGAGGCAUCAAUCGCAUCGGACAGAAGACGAUGGAGCUGUUGGUGGAGAAAAAGUUCUACACAAAGUUCGCCUAUACGGACAAUCAGGCCGUCUGCAAGGCCGUCAAGGUUGUCACCACUUCUGCCAGCAAGUUGAGGGUGAGUCCGCUGUCUUCUGAGAUUUAAAGUUGCUGGGAAUGUUGUGUUGAUCUUCAAAAUUCAUAAUUCUCAAGUUCUUUGCCUUGCAGCCGCUCUACCCGAUCUUCCGUUUCCUCAUGCAAACCUACAACUUUAUAGUCCGCCUGGCCAGCUCUGUCUCGGGCGGUCUCUUGGUUUGGCUGCCGAACAUUCAGUUCACACAGGCGUACACGGCCUCUUUCCACGAAGGAACCGACGUUUACCCGUGUCCGAAGCAGUCCUUCUUCUACUUUUCGAACAAGGACGGCAAGAACCGUCCGGCCAGCUCGCACCUCGUUCAGGAGCAGCGGUCUGCGAGGCCGUGCAAGAACUCCAAGUGUUCUGUGUAAGUGAAGAGAUUCCAGCGGAUGAGUUCUGUGCGUUUCAGCAAAAUGGAGGCGGCGUUUGUGGACGGAACGAAUCUGGUGAUGGUGUGGAUAACACAGGACAAAGACAGCGAGAAUUGCUACGACGAGACCGAGUGUCCGAUCGAGCACCCGAGCCAGACGGUCCCUUUCGGAUUCGAGGAGGUCAAGAAGGACGAUGCCUGCGAGGACACGGAAAAGAGAAAAUCCAAGGCCAACGACGUCUGUUAUUCGAUCGACGACGACGAUUCCGAGGUAAUCGAGCGCUCUUUUACAGCUAGAAUUGUUUGCGGUAGAGCGCACUUACAUUAUUUUGCGACUUCCCGUAAAUAUAAGCCAGGAAUGGUACUUUUAGCUGUGAAAACAUUAGUUCUCAGUAGAGCGCACUUGCUCCCUUCUCGGAAAUCCCUCAAUUCCCGUCCCUUUUCAGAACGAACGCCGCCCGUGCUCCGUGAGCCGCGGAGUGCUCCGACUGCUCGCUCUUUCGAUCGUGUUCGUGCGACUUCACCUCUUCUAA